UUUUACAUUUUUUUAAUGCAAUUGGUAACUAUGGAAAUAUGGCGGGGAUACUUACUAAUUGUAAUGUACAUCGAAAUAAUUGUUUAGUUUCGAUUUUGGUUAUAGGACAAGCAGAAUUAUGUCAUAAAGUUUCUGAAGGAUUACAUGAAAGUGCAAAAGAAAGAAAAUGGCAUAUCGUUGUACAUCAAUGUGAGCUUGUUGAUGAAGUUAUACGCUUGAAUUUAAAUCUUAGCAUAGAUUUUAUUAUUUUUGUUUUUGAUUGGAAAACUACACAUUCUUUAUCUGAAGUAGAAACAAAUAUUAAUCUUGUAGAUGAACAUUAUAUUAUUUCUGGAGCUGUAUGUCUUGUAAAUUGCAGAGGGAUUUCAAAUAGUAUGGGAUUAACUUCUCAUAAAUCAGCAAAAAUAAGAGAGAAAUAUAAUAUUCGAUUUUUGUCUGCUAAUGUUUUUAAGCCACAAAUUUGUGUUCAAUUAGGUAAUAGAAUAUUAAAUUUAAUAGAAGCUAUAUUGGGUAUAACAAGUGGAAUUCCUGUUAUUGGACGGACUAAUGAUAUAGAAUUUUAUAAAACUUGAAUUUAUAGUUUUAA